AUGCUAUUACGAGGUCUUGGCAGACGUGCCACGCCCAUGUUGCUGAAAUCCAGUGCCGUGGCUGGUACUCGCCUCUUCAGUGCGUCCACGCGUUUCAGGGCCACUCUGACUCCUGUAGGACCCGAGGUGGCCAUCGAAUCCAAUGUCAAGUCAGAGACCAAUCGAUUGGAAAAGACACUUCUGCGGUUCUGGGAAAAGGUAGAUGCGAAAUACAACGAUGCCACCAACUCCUACGAAGUCCAGCUUGACGGAAAAACCCUCAAAACUCCAUUGGGUUACAAAUUGGCCGUUCCUGCUACCAAGAAACAGUUGGCACAUUUGAUCGCUCAUGAGUGGGCCAACGUUCCAGAACUCAAAAUCAAACAUGGUUCGCUUCCGUUGACGUCGUUGGCGUCUCGAGCAAUAGACUUGCAAAACACAAACGAGGGAGAUUCCGAUGCAAUUGCCAAAGUGGGCCGGUUGGAAGAUAUAAGACUCAAUCUUCUCAAGUACCUCGAUACCGAUACUUGUCUUAUUUUCACCACUUUAGACGAGUACGAAGGCAAGCUUAGAGCCCGGCAAGACGAACUCUACCUACCACUCAUCAAAGAAUACGAAGAUUUUUUCACAAAGUAUGCUCAUGAUAGGAAGCUUCUUCCUCAAGACAUGAAAGUCGAAUUGAACUCUCUUGAUUGUGAAACCGACGGGCUCCGUGGAAACGAACAGUCCAUCACCACCCAGAACGUAGUACUGCAUUGGCUAGAACUGCUACCCAUCUACGACUUGGUAGCACUUGAGAAAGCCAUCUUGGCUUCCAAGUCGUUUCUCUGUGGUGCUUCCGUGUUGCGUGCUAGUUGUUCGGACCUCAAUAUUAUGCAAAAGUUGUACCAGGUGAAUAAAACCACCAAAGACGAUUACUUUAUCAAAAGUAUCGACGAAAUUGUGGAGCUUGGAAAUCUUGAAACCAUUUUCCAGACUGAGCAAUGGGGAGAAGUCGAGGACACUCACGACGUGGAUAAGGUUGAAUGGUUGCGAAGCUUGACCAGUGCUGCGUUGGUUGUGCACUAA